CUUCCUUUCAGAUUAAAAAUGAAAAAAAGAGGAAAGUUGGAUAGUGUAAAAAUUACCUAAAUUAAUAUAGUGAUGUAUGUACUAUAAAUGCAAGAAUAAUGAAUAAAUGAGAAAGUUGCACGAGUCUAUUAAUUUAUCGAUUUUUUCGAAUUACACGGGCACUAAUUUAUUAUUUAAACGGUUGGAAAUAUACAGGAUGUUGAGGCCCCAAAGCGCCACGUCCAGGCAGGAGACUGAAAUGGCUGCGAAAAGUUUAAGGGAUCUCCAGGCGAUGGGAAAUGCCGGGGAUCCACUCGAACGUCUCCGAUUGUUGUGCCUUUCUCGCGGGGCUACCGGCAUUUUAGGCCUGGGAAGGUUGUUUAGGAUAAUGGACGAUGAUGGGAGUAAAAAUCUGAACCGGGAGGAAUUCCUGCAGGGCCUGAAAGAGGUGGGAAUGGAACUGAAAGAGGACGAAGCGGAGAAAGUUUUCGAGAAAUUCGACACGAAUGGAGACGGAAAUGUUAAUAUAGAUGAAUUUCUGAUACAUAUAAGGCCGCCAUUGAGCGAAUCGAGAAAGAAAGUAAUAGACGAGGCGUUUCGAAAAAUGGACAAAACGGCCGAUGGAGUAAUAACUUUGGACGAUUUAAAGAACGUUUAUAAUGUGAAAUCUCAUCCUCGUUAUAUAUCGGGGGAAGAUACCGAAGAAUCGAUUUUGACGAAGUUCUUGGGCAAUUUCGAAAACGAUUCCACUAAAGAUGGAAAGGUAACCAAAGAAGAAUUUCUAAAUUAUUAUUCCGCCAUAAGCGCCUCUAUUGACAACGACUGUUAUUUCGAUUUGAUGAUGAGACAAGCUUAUAAACUUUAAUUUUUACCAAAACUUUACAAGCCAAUCGAACAAUAAAUUAUAUUGAAAAGCACCAUUUAAGAAUAAUCUGUACAAUUUAUUUAUUGUUUAUAAUAUAUCGAGAAAGUUUAACCUUUUUAUUAUGUAUACAAACUUCUUGUUAUAGGUACUUACAUCACUAUUAAAGUUUAUUAUUAUUAUUAUAUUUUUAGCGAUAAUUAAACGGUUAAAU